CCGAGGCAUGUGGUCACGCACCGAACUGUAUACUCCUGUUAAUAACAAUGUGAUAAUAGUCAUUUGAAACUGUGUCCGUGUCACCUGCUUCCUCGCCAGCGCGCUGACUGUCGUUUGCGGUCACAGCCGCUGAGUGAAUUUUGAGAGCCUGCUUUGUGGUUUACAUUUCUCAAGCUGCGUCGGGGAGAUGCGGAGUGCCGCUGGUUUUUAUUGCUAAACACACAGACAGAGCCGCACACGCAAGCACAAGCAGUAUCGAGCAACACGCAGCAACACUCGCCAGUACCUACAGCGUGUGCACCAGUACGAAGAGGCGUCCGCUGCUCGAGUCCGCGGACUGUUGUGUUAAUGCUGGUGUUAAGUCGAUUAACAUGUAUUGAUUAUUAUCAUUAUCCUAAGCGGAUGCAGUCUGCACGUUUGCCUGUGCGCCUCCUCGGAGAUUGAUCUGGAGAAAAAGAUUAAGAACCUCGGCGGAAUCGUGCUGCUGAAAGAAAAACACAAGGACGGCCGUGAAAAAGCUUUACAAAUAGAAUAAUACGUAACCGUCUCUCUCUCUCUCUCUCUCUCUCUCUCUCUCUCUCUCUCUCUCUCUCUCUCUCUCUCUCUCUCUCUCUAGCAGAAAACAAGGAAGGACGUUGUGGCUUUCAAUUAAAAUCGAAUUCCUAAAAUUGGGUCUGCAGACUGCUACUGUGGAAUUGUAUUUACAAGGACUGCGGCUUUAGGAGGCGUUUCAUUGUGAUUAUCAUUGUUAUUAAUAUUAUUUUGUUUGUUUUCUUUAAUGCACCAAUCGCCACGCAAGUAAAAACGGACGCGGAUAUGGGCUUUGAAAUAUCAAAGAAGGAAUUGCAACAAUAUUAGUAUGAUCUGCAAGAAGCGCGACUUGAACUUUCACAUCAAAGGAAGGUGCAGUGUCCGUCAGUGAGAAAAUGGUGCAAUGCAACACUUGACAACUUAACUUGCAGGACGGCACCCGGAGGGUUAAUGCAUGCAUUCAGCUGUUAUCACUGGACACUCGCUUCCCUGUGAGGCACUGCCAGCAGUCCUGCGUUACGAUUCACCAUGCCAGCCUUUUGGGAGAGGGCUUGUGCACCCCGCGAUGUAAGACAGCGUUGAUGGUGGGCUCCCUUCCGCGAUCAAAGGAACUUUCUUCCACCAUGCAGCUCUGCAGCAGCACAGCCACAGGAGAGACAGCGUUCUCUACUCCUAAGAAGUCUCUCUGGUUGCCUCUCUGUGUCCUGCUUUCCCUGACCUUGCUGGGGCCCGAGGUGGGCGGCUCCACAUUAGACUGCCACCAGACUUGCAUUUGUGCCAGCAACAUUGUGAGCUGCUCCAAGAAGGAGCUGGAGAGCAUCCCCACGGCUCUGCCCAGGUACACGGCCGUGCUGGACCUCAGCUACAACAGUCUGAGCAAGCUGCGGGCUGAGUGGACCCCGGUCAAGCUGGAUAAGCUGCACACCCUCCUCCUGAGCCACAACGGCAUGAGCUUCAUCUCCUCGGAGGCUUUCUCCUUCGUCCCCAGGCUGCGCUACCUGGACCUCUCGUCCAACCAGCUGCAAGGCCUGGAGGAGUACCAGUUCACGGAGCUGGAGGAGCUGGAGGUGCUGCUGCUCUACAACAACAGGAUCUCGCAGAUCGACCGCUCCGCCUUCGAGGGUGUCGCCAAGCUGCAGAAGCUCUACCUGAGCCAGAACCAGGUCUCCCGCUUCCCCCUGGAGCUGGUCAAGGAGAAGACCCGACUGCCCGAGCUCAGCCUGCUGGACGUCUCCUCCAACCGCGUCAAGAGCCUGCCGGUGCAGGAGCUCAAGCUGCUACCGGCCUGGAUCAAGAAUGGGCUCUACUUCCACAACAACCCCUUCACCUGUGACUGCGAGCUCUACAGCCUGCUGGCGCUGUGGCACAUCCGGAGGCUGAACUCGGCCGUGGACUUCAGGGAUGAGUACAAUUGCACCCUGCAGUCGCCCAAGAUCAGCGUGCGCCUCUUCCAGCUCGGGGAGGAGUACAUGAACUGCAGCGCCGUGAAGGAGGCCGAGGUGGAGGCCUACCUGGGCGACAGCCUGACCCUUGAGUGCGACACCCGGCAGAGGGUCAUGACCAAGACCUGGGUGACGGCGAGCAACGAGGUGGCUGCUUCAGUGAGGAGCAACCAGAGCGCUGUGGUCCUGGCCAACGGCAGCCUGCAGAUCCGGGAGCUCCGGGCGGAAGAUUCCGGGGUCUACACCUGCUAUGCGGUGAGCGAUUCCCUGAACGAGACCCUGUACGUGUCGGUGAGGGUACACAACUUCACCAUGCCCGGGGACAGCGACUCCUUCAACACGGCCUACACCACACUAGUGGGCUGCGUCUCCAGUGCCAUCCUGGUCCUCAUCUAUCUGUACCUGACCCCCUGCCGCUGCUUCUGCUGCCCCGGCGAGGAGAAACUCAAGCAUGAGGACAGCAUCCAUUCUUCCAUGCUCAGCGCCAGCGCUACCCCAACCCACGACUUGCUGGAGGGGCAAGCUGGGCUCAACAGACAUGUGGCUUUUAUCGAGCCUUCCAAAGACUCGCAAGGCCAGAACGGGAAGCUGAACCGCGGCUCUGAAGAGGAGCAGGAGGGUAAGAGAGGAAAGGGACACAGGAGGAAGUCAGACGGGGAGUCCAUCAGCUCUGUGUUUUCAGAUACCCCCAUUGUGGUGUAAUGCACAAAGGAAAUCCCAUAUUUAAAUAGAAGUAUACACAUUGUGUAUGGACUCUCAGUGCACAGCAGAGCUUUCUACUGUGAGUACCGGAAGAGGCUUCGGGUUAGAGUUAAGUAACCUUGCAUUACUAUAGACAGGUCCAGCAACUUCAUUUGUAGCACUAAACGUAUACUGUGAAUUGAGUUUGUAUAGUCGUACAGUCCAUUCAAAAGAAGGGUAGGGGAGUUUGGAGAUGCAGGUGCAAUUUUGUCAAAAAACAAAAUAAGCAAGCUGUUAUGGAGUCCAGCAGGAGUCUUGCGACACGCAUUUGCUAUUUAGUGUUAAUAACUCACCUCCGCCCCCUAUAGGAAGUAAUGUGUCUCUGCUGACAGGAAUGAGCAGGGGGCUCACAGAGUCACAGUGCAGGCAGGGGUCACGAGUGCAGCCCACAAUAACAGCAAAGCCGGGCUGUGAUGGAGUAACAGGAGACAGCUCAAGCACAUGGCAGGGACAGCACUGUGCAACACACUGGCAGGCGUUCUCUAGGAAAACUUUCCCUUGAACAGGGAUUCAGCCAAAAAAAGAAGGGAGCUCCCCUCUGUUCCAUUUCCAGGUGUGGUUUCAGGUGGUUUUUUUUAAUGAAGGGCUUAUCUUAAGUUUUCAGACUUCUUUUUUUGCAGUCGUGUUGUGGGGUCCAUUUCUGGGAGUUUGAUUGGAAAGUAGCAUAGGGCAAAAAAAAUAGCUGAGGGUUAGAGAGCAGGAGUGUGUGCUUUUGAUUAAAUCGGUAAGUUUUUUAAAAACUUAAAUACUGAAAUUCUCAUACACACACACACACACAGAGCAUAUAUAUAUUCAUAACCCAGUUAUAUUCAGUAUUCAGCUGUCAUGCUGAGCUAUGUUCUGUUAUUCCACUGCAGUUUCUAUAUUAAAAUCAAAGUUGCUAAACAUUACACACGCUGGUGAAAUCCAAGCUUUUUCUGAAACAGACCCAGAUGUGGAAGUGUAUUUAGAUGAUUUGGCUUGUCAUCCAUGCUCACACUGACUACCAGCCAUACAGUAGAGUUGAUAGUGCAAUGCUGAGCUCACUUGAAGCGGCUGGGAAGCCUGGCUGUACUCCUGAUCGCAGCCUGCACGGGGUUAACAGUCCUUCUCGUGUUAUUGAUGUGGAUCCUGUGUGCGUCUCAUUUUAAAAUGCCAUGUAUUUAUUUAUUUUUAAUUCUGUGUCGUUUUGCAUUAUCCUGUAUGGUUUUUAGAAAAGGUCAAGUACGAUUUGACCCAAAAAAACAAACAAACAUUAAACCUGCAGUGUUUGCUCGAAA